UUUUUUUUUUUUGUUUUUUUUACUGGGAAUGUUGAAAUAGCUAACAAAAAGAUAAUCCUCUUGUGAUGUCUCAGCCUGAGGCGUGGCUUAUUAGAAUGCACUUUUUUAUACGCCUAAUAGAGAAUCAAUAAGUUAAUAAAAAUUUCGUCGGGGCUACGCCUCUGACAUCAUGAACAUCAAGCCUAAAAAUAUUAUAAGGAGGAAUUCUUCACUUAAUGUGAAGGGAGUCAGAAAAGUCUCUGCCAGUCGUAUCGACCCGGAUCAAGGCCGAUUCCGUUUUCUGACGAAUGACUCCCAAAGCGAUCCCAACUAUGUUCCUAGAUCGCAGGAGAAUACGUUUGAGGAAUCGGAUCAAGAAGUUCAACGUGACAUUGGAACAGAGGGUCACUUUGACCCUGGGGAAAGAGCGAUUGAUGCAGUGUUGGCCCAAGUCAGCUUAUCAACGACUGAUGAAGCAGCUUAUUCCCCUCGCCGCUCCAGAGCUGAUGACGAUCGUGCCUUGACCAAUAGGGCGCCAAUGAGAUCUAAGAGUGUGGCUGUCUCUAAGCACAAGCCUGUCCUAGUCCGAACUAACAAUCUGAACACGAGUCUUUUAGAGUACCAGAUGCUGGACCGCCAUUUUGGGUCUGAUGGAAUUUUAGACUUGACCGCAAGCCAGAGAGAAACUUCCAGUCGUGAGUUUGAUAGAAUCAGAGAGUGGCUAAUCAAAAAUGAUUUUACGCAAGAUUCAACUCCAGAUGCUAAAAAUGGGUUCGGUGGUAAGAAAAAGCAAAAAUAUAGGGCACCACCACCACCACCGCCUCCUCCACUGCCACCCACCCUAUUAGAUGUUUCCAAAGGUCAGCGGGCUCAGAGCCGCCUCAUACCUUCUGCAAGUAAAAAGAAUACACUUCUGCAGGAACUGCGUGAUAAAAUCGAAAGUAGAAAUACAACUCAAGAACCCGGGGAAGAUGUUGACCAACAGAUAGAGACAAAUUUAACGUUGGAUACUGUGACCGUACCUGAACCACCUCCGCGACGUUCUUCUCUUCCAACACAUUACCAAUCGAUUCCACCUGUACAACAAUCGCCCCCACCCGUAUCUCUAGUCAGGCCUUCACCACCACCCCCACCCCCACCUGCUAGUUUAUCUCUACCUAUAUGUGCCAUUGUUUUACCUUCGCUCCAACAACAAGCCUCUUCAUGUUUGUCUCCUAUGAAAUCUACUCCACCCCCUCCAGUACCCCCUCCGCUGCCACCCACCAAAAAUUCGGGUGUACGGGAAAGCAAACACCCUGUUAAAAUAUAUCGCCAAGAUGGCAAGAGUAUACCACCGCCCCCUGCCUUUGAUAUAGUGUCUGAGCUGCAGUUGGUAUUUAAGGGUCAAUCCGUUGGCCAGCGUCGCGUCCCAGGGCCGACGCCCUUAGCGCACGAUGAUUCAUGUGUGUUGCGAGUCCAGGGUCGUCUACCCGUGUUAAGCGAGCCGUCUGGGAGACAGGUGUCUGAGUCAUCUUUCACAGGAUACCCGAGACAUUCCAAUGUGCGACCAGGUGCAGACGUCAUUGAAAACAGUAGUGAGAUCAAACUAGUCUCUGGAUUAGAAUGUGAUCAGUCGCCCCGAAUACCAGGAUACGCCACUGAAUCUCACACAGGUGAAGGGAAUGGAGAGGUAGCCCACGGCGAGCACUGUAGUAGUCCCACACGGGAGCAUGUCCACCAAGAAUUAACGACCCGACGUGUCCACUGGGAACAAGAAGUCAAAACAAAGUGUGAGAGGUCUCAGACAGAGUUUUGCCCCGUUGAGGACAUUUCUCCACUACACGACAGAUGCGGCAACACGCCAAAACUUUCUGAAUCACCUGUGACUGAAAGGUCAUCGUCUUCCCUUUGUGACCUAUACGGGGACCAGUCUGCUCAUAAAAAACCGGAUAAUAGUCAAUCCGCAAUCGAAACUUGGACAGAAAAAUCGUUUUCUCAUACAAAUCUAAACCCAGACAGGUCAAAUGUUCUCAAUUCAAGGGCCUUGUCUGAAAACGGGCAAGAUAGCAGUCCGAACGUAUCAAGUAACACUGAUCCAAAUGUAAGCAAAGGGGAAGGGGGGCAGGACACUGAGUCACCUGUGGAAUUAGCCAAGCGAAGCGUGUACAAAGGCCAUCAACCACCAUUCUUACAUCAAGAGGAGCUAAUUACUAGAUUCACGCUCUCUGAGAAUGGCCACGGCAGUGAAGUGAGACGAGGCAGUAAGGCGGACCUAGCCCAAGGAGAAGCGCGGAGUGGAGCGGACACACAAUACAGGCGCAACACAGAGGUUAGCGCUGUGCUGAGCGGUAGCAGGCGCAGUGGUGGAGGACAGCGUAACACAGCGGCCCAUUAUGAUAGCGAGGUGACAAGGAAUAAUGGUAUUGUCAACAACUGUUUAGGGACUGUGAUUGAUUCCAACUUGUCGGAUUGUGGUCCGAAAUAUGUAACAAAACUCAAGGCGGAUAAUAUUUCUAUCAGUUCUAAGUGUACAAACGGUCAGUAUAAACACAUAAUAUCUUCUAGUGAUUUAAGUGAUAGCUACGGUCAGGUCAACAGUGACCAAAGUAAAGUUUUGAGACGCAGGUCUCGCAGCGUUGAGUUUGAUAUUAACUCACCGGUCGAUUGGGACACAGCAUCAUUAUACUCGUAUGCAUCAGACGAGAGCCAUAACAAUACACAGUUUGACCAUUUGACUCAUUGUGAAGACCAAAUAUUUAAUAGAUUUGCUACUGUUUCAGCUUGUGGUCGCGCUGACCGCACUCUUACUGGUAGUCUUCAUAAUAUAGCAUACUCUUCUCGUCGUGGUAAUGGUCAUUUGAUCUCUGACCCAACCUUUUCGUUGUCGGAAGCGGGUCAAAGAGAGAGUAAAAAGAAACCUUCUUUUAACCUUGUAGCCAGAUUUUUUUCGUUCAAGCGUAAACCAGAGCGACCAUUACGUUACCAGGUUGAAUAUUCUGAUGAUCAGAAUGGCACGAAAUCAUCGGAAUCUGCCGAAAGUCACUCCAACGUCGAAUAUUUUACAUUCUCUUCCGAGCACUUUAUAGUGGACAGUAAAGGUCAGGUUGACUCCACUGGUGAGAGCACCAUGCUCAGUAGCCACAACCACGACCACGAAAGGCUGCCGCCCUCGGCCGCCACAGCGUCGUCCAGCUCCCUGCUGCGCUCUCGUUCUCUCUUCUCCAGCACCCCUUCACUCUUCUCUAAGAGCUCCCAGGAUGAGAAAAUGUGGAAGAAGGAAUUGAAGAGAGAGAAAGAGGAGAGAAAGAAAAUGGAGGAAGAGAGGAAGAGGCUGGAGAAAGAGGAAAAGAAACGACUAAAGCUGAUGAAGAAGUCGGCCACCGUCUCCGGGAAGAGUUUAUCCAAGGAUAAGAACAACUACUACGCCAGGCCGGUACAGAGCCUGUACGCUCAACCCCAGCUUCGGAUGACGGCGGUGCCAAUUGACUACCAGGACGACCCUCGUCUACCUCCGCCCCAGCAGCCCCCUCCCCCUCCUCCGGAGCAGUAUGCCACUGCUAGACAGGCCUACAUGAGAGAUGGAUAUAGUGUGUAUAGCAGGGCCCCCCACGAGCAGACCCGCGUGGAACAAUUGUACGGCACCACCCCAAGGCACUCCGCCUCUUUGUAUAACACUUCACACUAUGCAGCACCUUUUGGAUUAGUUGAAGCGAGAGAGCAACAUCCUCGAGUGGUUCUUUUACAUCGCAGUGCUGAAGGCUAUGGCUUUGUAUUACGAGGAGCUAAAUCUAAAAUACCAACUGGAGGAACAUUCAAUGACUUCCAGCCCUCAGCUGAAUAUCCAGCUUUACAAUAUUUGGAUAGUGUGGAUGUGGGUUCUCAAGCUGACAGGGCAGGUCUCAAAAAAGGAGAUUUCAUUUUAGAGAUCAAUGGUGAGAAUGUAGUUCGAGCCUCUCAUGAACAUGUUGUUCACCUCAUACGUUCAUCAAGCAAUGUCCUCACUCUCAAGGUUGUCACUGUGACCCAUGCAGAUAGAACUCCUGCUGAUUGGGCCAUGCACUCAGAUGGGUCAAUGACAUUACCAGCUCGUAAAAAGCAAGCUGCUCCGUUGCCACCUCAAAGAGAUCCUAGAACUUCAUUAUCUUAUAGUAAAGCCAGCUCCAAGUCAAUGACUGAAGGACUAGAGGGACUAGCUGAAAUAGAAAAACUUGAUGCGACCAUAGCUGAGUUUGAAGGUCAAGAAGCUAGUCGAAGGCUCUCAUUGCAUGCAGAUGAUCCCAAAAUUGCAUCUAUCAGAGGUUCUCACACAGUGAAACGUGUCUCUGUUGUAGACUAUGAAAGUUUGAUGUCUGGUGAGCCCAGUAAUGCCAAAGGGGGAGAUCAUGUCAGUCCUGCAGAGGCAAGAAUAAAAAAAUAUCACAAAAAAUCUGCAUCUCAGACAAUGGAACGUUCAAAGAGUACACCUGAUAUUAUUUCUGCUCUUGAAAACCAAUACGCCCCAUCCUAUGGAAUACAGACAGGAAAUAAUCUGGGAGGAAGAGGUACCUGGACUAAAAACCAAGCACCUGCUCCACCUUCACAAGCAUCAGGCUAUUCAGGGACACUUCAGGCAUCAUCAGUAGACCAGCCAUAUUUGAUGACUGCAGUGACAAGUGGAACUGGGUCAUACAGCAGAGGAAGCAACCCUGCUAUUCCUAAUGAUGCCAGCAGAAGGCAAGCUAAUCAGAGAAUUGCACCUGGUGCCCCUUCCACACCUGAACUGGUCAGAAUCCACACAGGGGCUAAAAGCAAUGUGAGAGCUGAUACAGAAUCUCCAUAUGAAUCAAGCUUUAGGCCAGGAGCCAGUGCCUUGCUUGUGGAUAAAUCUUCUCUGCCCUCAUCUGAAAUAUCUAAGAAAAAUGCACCCAUCACAGAUAAGAGUAUUACCUUUGCAGAUGACCGUGUAUUGGAAAAUGCACAAAAGUUUAUCCAGAAGCAUCCCAAUGCUACACUGUUGGUUACAGCAGACAUCCAUCUGGAUGAGCCAGUCAAGAAAGGAACUGUCUAUGAACCAGAGCCUGAUUAUGAUGAUAGUGGGGAUGAGAAGUCUGGACCUCCUAAUUUCAAAAAGCCAGUGUCCAAUGUCCAGGUAUCAGAAGUUGUCAAGCAAAACAGAGCCGCUGUCACUGUCAUCUCCAUUACAAGUGAGAAGGCAAAUAACAAGGCACCAGCUCCUUCCAGCAUGCAUUCUUCUCCAAGCUCUAGUCGCAGGUCAUCACCUUUGAUGACUCAUAUGCCUGACAGAACACUAAUGUCAGGUCAGAGGUCAUCCCAGCCCUCCAGUACUGAGAGCUCUAGGAGGUCUUCCAUUCAGUCAAACAUGAGUGCUGAAGGGGGCGAGAGGAGUGGAAGAAUGCAGAUGUCCAGUGCUCCUCCUCCUCCCCCACCCCCACUUGUUGGACCUCCACCACCCCCACCCCCUCCCAUCUCUGCACUUUUGGAGCCAUCUUUCAGUACUUCAGGCAAUGCAACACUCGCCAGACGUCAACAGGCUGGCGGAAAUGAAGCUCUGCCACCUCGUGUGUCAGCUAUUGAUAUAAUGGCUGCUGUGGCAGAACGUAAAUCAAGAUUAGAAACUGAAGGACCAAGAUUACUGGAAGUCAAACCAAUCUCAACAAAUAAAACAACGCAUGAACUAAACCAAGAAGCUUUAAAAGCUGCAGUGGCUUUACGUAAGAGCAGGAUAGAACAGACAGAGGACAGAACUGUGGUGGAUGAAAUUGAAGCUCGCCUCAACCGCAAUAAAAAACUUCAAGCGGCAAAAUUUGUUGGGGGGGAUGUUAAGAAACAGAUUGAAGUUAAGAAAGAGGAGCCUAAUGAGUCAGUGGUUUCUACUGCAGUGUCAUUAACUACAACUGGCCUUGGAGCUAAUGCUCAGAAACCUAAGGAGGUUGUUGCCAAAUUAGAAUCUAGCAGUGCAGUCUCCCAGGGAAAAGUUACAUCGGUUAAUCUUAAACCUAUAAAUGCUUUAGAGAAACCUUUGUCAACUAUAUCUGCCAAAGAAUCAGAAACUAAUGGCACAAUCGAUUUUCGUUCCCGACUUAAACCAGUUGAUGUAAAGGGAACCACAUCUUCUGUUGUAUUACCAUCAAAAAUUAAUGUAGCCCCCACUGUAGGAAACAAAACUGAAGUGACAAUGACUAAUAAGUCAUCAAAAGCCCCAAGUCCUCCUCCUGUAAAGGCACCCAUUUUGUCAGCCUCAACUUCUGUUUCGACAGUUUCACUGAGUAAUAAAGCCACAACCAACUCUAGUGAAAGUCAUACUGACAUUCUCAAAUCAUCAAAGUCUGGUCAGGAUGCUACCUCUGGAGACUAUAUAGCCCUAGCAGAGAAAGCUAGGCAAGAAUAUCUGAAAAAGAAAGCUUCAGGAAAUCUUCAAAGCCACAUUGAGAAGAAAGGUCCUGUGGAGAUUACACCAACCAGGAAACACUCUUCCCCUACUUCACCCACAUCCUCUAGCCCUAACAUGACAAGUAAAUCAAAUGGGACCACAUUGAUUGAAGUGAAGCCUGCUAGUUCAUCAGGGGAGAAGGUCAAUGUCAUCAGGAGUCAAGUUGGUUCUGCAGCAAAUAAAAACAUGCCAGUGAAAGGUGUCACUGAAGAUCACUCCCACACUGAGCAAUCUUUGAGCAAUGGAACAAUCAAGAAGCCAAAGACCAAUGGUACGGUUUCCCCACCCCCUGGUCUUAUUCCUCCUCCACAGCAUGGAUUUGAAUCAAUAGUUGCUCCACCUCCUCCUGGAUUUGAUGAUCAUGAUGGCAGUCGUCUUAAAACAGUUGUGCUGGACAUUAUUCCUCCACCCAUGUCCUUUGGCAGUAGUUUAAACAACAGCCCUGAACAUGGAAACCACAUGCCAGCUUUUAGCCAGGAAGAUAAUGCCAGUUUUGUUUCCUCUGUCUCUUCACUGAGUACUUUGUCUAGUGAACAUGGGGAUGGACAAAACAUUGAGGAUCUGAUUGCUCCACCACCACCUCCACCAAUGGAUUAUGAUGACCUUGGAGAUCAGAAUGCUUUCAUUCCACCACCUCCACAAUUCCUGGAAGUAGAUUCUAAUGCUAAUGAAAGUCAGACGCUGGAUAAAAAUUCCAAGCCUUUUGCUACUAAGUCUGUAUCUACCUGGUCAUGUCUAGAUGUCUUAGACUGGCUGGAUAGUCUGGGGCUACCCCAGUACAGGGUCAGUUUUGCUAAGGCCUGCAUUGAUGGAACAAAGCUAGUAGACAUGGGAAGAAAUGAGUUUAUCAAUCUUGGGGUGACUCAGGUGGGACACCGUAUGAACUUGGAACGGUCAGUCAAAAAAUUAAACAAACCUGCAUCUACAAACUUGUAGUGCACAAUGAAGACAAUGUGAUGUGAUAUAUUAUUUAAAUUUGUUCUUCUGGAAGAUAGAAUUUGUUUAUCCUUUUCAUGGAAUCAUUUCAAGUUGUGUUCAACACUAUGAAAUUGUCACAGCCAAAGUCAAAUAGAGGAUGAAUAAUCUGGAAACACUGAAACAAUCAUGUCACAUAUAAACAGAGAAAAUUGCAUCAUUGUUAGUUUAACUCAGACUGGGCACCAUAUGUUUAUGCAAAGUGUUAUUACAAUGAACAUUCUACUUAGUUUUUGUAUGAUACUAUUUUGUGUAUAAUUUAAUCUUUAAAAUAAUGAUUUUUUUUUUUUUUAUUUCUUCUUAGUAUUUGCCGGAAUGCAAAUUGUGUUUCUGUAUAUGAAUUGUGAUCAUUUCCUGAACAAUAAUUGCUUACUUGUAUCAUGAUUUAUACAACUGUGUUACUAGUGGGAUUUAUACCUUCAACUAGAUUAUAAUCUUGUUCAAGGAUGUACAUUAUAGCAUACACCAUGGCUGCACAUGGGCUUAGCAAGUUUUAGGGAAGGAUCUUGGAGACCAUUUUAAUGAGCAGCUGAAAUGUGACAAUUAAAAAUACUAGUAGAAUAGAGAGAAAAAGCAUUUCUCCCUCCCUUAAUUUUGUAUUCUAGGAAGAAAAAUAAAAAUGAAAAAAAACUAAUAAUAAUGGGAAAAAAUAUAUAAUUGUUAAUCAACUCUUUUGUUGAAUAACUUUGGUUACACUACAUGUUCUGCACUGCAAUAGUUAUUUCUCUUUGAAAUGAAACCAUCAUCUGCCUCAUACACUGUAAGCAUUUAAGUAACCUGUACAUACUACCAAUGAAACAUGUAUAGCAUUGAAUAGUAUUGAAGUCUUAGAUUAUGUGCCCUUCAAACAAAAAUGUUUACAUUUGUUGAGACGAAUUUUUUUUUUACUUGACAUUUUUGCUUUAGAAGAAAGUUACUGUGUACAACAAAUAUCAAUAGAAGGGAAAUGUUUCUUUAUCUUCACUUGAUCAUCCUCCUUAUAUUUUCCAACAAUUUAAAUCUGUUUCGAAAUAAUUCUCAUGUUUUCUAUACUUUUUAAAUGUAACAAAUUAUUUGAUACAAAAACUGUUACUUUUGUUGUAAUUAAAUGUGAUCAUAAAUUGUGACUAAUUAUAAUCACUAAGAUGUUAUAAUCAUGUGAUCAUUCAUAAUCUUGAAUAACAUUUUUAGUCAGAUACAAAAAAUGGGAGCCUGCAAACUUAAAUGCCAGUAUUGAUUGUAAGUUCAUGAUUCAAAAACUGAGAUAAUGGAUUUGAUUUGAUUUCCAUUGUGGGGAGGGGAGGUUAAAGCUACAACAGGCAAAAGUUGUGGACUGAGUUACCUUUAGCAUCAAUUGCAAGCUGUUAGAUCUAAUGAUGGUGGUUAUAUUAUACAUUUAACAUGUAUUGAUCAGAAUCACCCAUUUAUAUAUUUUCUGCUUUAAUAAUGAACAAUUAUGCCAAAUUUGUUUGUAGGGUGGGAAGAUUGUGCAUAUUUACAAGUUUCUUAGCUGUGUCUGCAUCUCAACUUAAUGGUUGCAUCAUUACAGGUUUUCAGUUUUGUUUUUAAUAAGUUAUUAAACAUUCCAAAUGUCUUUAAAAUUUUGCAUCAUCUUGGUUGCGAAAUAGAGCAAUUAUGGCUAUGUAUAAUUUUAUGUACAAUAUUUAUGAUCUGAACUAAAUGUACAGUUGUUGUUUUCAUUGGUAAUGUUUUUUACACUUUGGAACCAAACUUGCUCUCAUUGACUAUGUUUGUAUGAUAAAUUACAUUGCAGCAGAAUGAAAUUAUAUUUACAUUCCUUUGACCAUUCAGAGGCACCUGAAGUAGUUCUUUUAUUUCAGUGAAGGAAGGAUUCUAAGGGCCAUGUGACCAAUGCAACAACCAUUCAUCUUUAUUUUUCCCACACACUUUUGAAGCUGGAUAAACUCCAGUUUUUUUUCUUUCCCAGUUUUGAUUGAGAUUUCAACUCAAGUUGAUUGUAUCCAAUUAUUCUACUUCUGAGCAAUUUCAUCCCAUUAAAAAGAAAAAAAAGGAGCCAUGCCUUAAGCCCCUAAGAAAGAGUUCAACUAAUAUGCUUUUAAGGAAUAUUGAUUUUUUUAAAAAUUAAAGCAUGCUAAUUUAAUUUUUUUUAUGUAAGAUUAUAUUAUACAUAUAUAUAUUAUUAUAUAAAUAUAUUUAUAUACCGGUAUUUAAAUUAUUUCAUGAAAAAUGUGCUGCAAUGUCUUAAAAGUUAAAGAUAUGGUGGUGAUGUCGUGCUUAAGGAAGGUUUAUGGUUUAAACAAUACCACCAUGAUUUGCCUUGAAUUAGCAAAAAAAAAAAAUUUUUUUUCUUAACUUUUAUAUAUGUUUUUCUCUAAAACUUGAUUAUCUUUUCUCUCUCUAAAAGUGUAUUAAUAAGAUGAUACCUUGGUGACCUUUCUGUUAGCUUUUAACAUAUCAGUGGUUCAGACAUUCCAUAUUGACACAUUUCUAUCUAUAUUUAAUAAGACCUAAUUACUAUUGAGAUCAAGGUUUUGUCAUUUAUUUUGUGACUAUUUUGAUAAGAACUUUUGCCAUACCUACUUUAAUCUAACUACUAUUAUAUAUCUAUGUUAAAGUUAACAGCUGUAUUCUUUCCAAUUGAGGAUAUUCUUGUACAGUCAAUAAACAGUGUUAAAAUUUG